AUGCGUCUUCACGUCAUUGGUGGUCUUGUCAUUCUUCAGGCAGCUUUAUCCUUGGCCAGGUCAUACAAUGAACGCUUCGAUGAGGACUUGACCUUACGAUCGCUGCCGGAUGGUAAACUGCUCGCCCAUUUCGACUUUACUACACACGUCGAUGCCACGAUGGCUCCUGGAUCACAGUUAUUGGAUUAUAAUCUUUUCCCCAAAGUCAUUGGACAAGUGCUGCAACAAUACGACGUGGAUGAAAUGCAUCUUACCUUUUCUCAAGGACGAUGGCAUUAUGAUCAUUGGGGAUAUCCACCAGAGCAAUCUGCAGGAACAGGUGUCGAGUUGUGGGCUUGGAUGCAAAACCAUACAAACAUUGAUGCACGAUGGCAUUCGCUUACCAAUACGUUAUCGGGUCUAUUCUGUGCCUCGCUCAAUUUCAUCGAUGAAACAUUGACCACACAACCUGCCUUAUCCUUUGGUCCAGAUGAUGCCACAAAAUCAACUUCUCAAUUGCGAUUCGGUUAUCUGCCCCAUGAAAACGUUUGCACUGAAAAUCUUACACCAUGGAUCAAGCUAUUGCCUUGCAAGGCAAAGUCUGGCAUUGCAUCUUUAUUGAACGCACACAAGAUAUACAACUCCUAUUUCCAUUCCAUGUCCAUCCAUGCUAAACGACAAUGCAAGGAUAACCAAUGUACAAUGGAGCUCAAGCAAGCUGUUGUCUCGGUGAUGGAUCCUGUUCGUGACACGAAUCGAAGAGAUUGGUCAUUGGAAGAGGUUUUUGCUCGUGUACCUCAUGGAGCGUGUCCUGUAGCAAAUCAAAGUUUCAUUCGUGUCGCGGUGAAUGAUGAUGACGCCAUUCUAAGUCCUGAACCCACCAUGAAAGGAAAGGAUUUUAUCAUGUAUGAUUUGAAACAAGUGAAUGAGAGUUUGGAUAUCCGCAUGACCUGGGCCGAAGAUACCUUCCAUUAUCCACUUGCAUCCGCUCUUCCCAUGAUAUCGGCUCAUCGUUAUCUUACCGGACAUGGCCAAGAACGAGGUGGUAUCCAAGUCACUCUUCAAAAUCGUCACGAUGCUCCUAUGCCUAUUGUGUACUAUGAUUCCAUACCCUGGUUUCUCAAGCUAUAUCUGCAUACCUUGGAUAUUCAAGUGGUAGGGGACAACAACAACCCACAAAAUGACAUUGUCGAGCAAAUGUUAUAUCAACCCGCUGUUGAUAGAGCAAGACCUUCCAUGCUUGAAUGCAAACUCUUACUACCAGCAAGAUCCACUGUCACUUUAUCGAUGGACUUGGACAAAGUAUUUUUAAAGUACACAGAACAUCGACCUGAUGCGAACCGAGGUUUCGAUAUUGGGCCUGCUGUCAUCACAGCGCCCAUAUUGGAUGAAGUUGACAAUCGUACGAUGCGAAUUUAUACGGAUACCCUCCUUGUCAGCUUACCUACCCCCGAUUUCUCCAUGCCUUACAAUGUGAUCACGUUGACGUGUACUGUCAUUGCUCUUUUCUUUGGAUCCAUCUUCAACUUGUUAACGAGAAGGUUUCAGGUUCUUAAGGUAUCAAAAGAAUAA